GGCUGCUGUAUGCCCUUGUUUCAGAGACGGUUCGCUAUUCUCCUGUGCUGGACUUGAUCCUAGAUGCUUCGGGGUUGAUCCAGGCCGAAAAGAAGCUGCAGCCACAGCUGGCCAAGGUGCUGGUGUACGACCUGCUCUUUGGCAAGGGGGUGCAUGGUGGGGGGCGUGGGAAGGCCCUGGUGAUGAAGCACCGUGCCCGGCUGCAGGCAGAGCUGGCCCGCCUGAAGGUGCAGAAGAAGGUGAGCCACAACGAAGACCUGCUGCCACCCACAGCAGCCGCCGACCAAGGCUCUCGGGUGCCACGCUAUGUCCGCGUAAACUUGCUGAAAACAUGUGUGGAUGAUGUGGUGGAUUACUUCAAGCGCCAGGGCUAUGCCUAUCAAGGCAAAGCAGCCAGUCUGGAGGAGGUCAGCUCCUUGUCAGGAAAGAAAUUCCUCCUGGAUAUGGACCUUCCGGAGCUGCUGAUCUUCCCUCCGCAGACAGAUCUUCACCAAGACCAGCUCUAUGUGGCCGGGCACAUCAUUCUUCAGGACAAGGCCAGCUGCCUCCCUGCUUUCCUCCUGGAUCCCACGCCAGGAUCCUGUGUGAUCGAUGCGUGUGCUGCCCCUGGCAACAAGACCAGCCAGCUCGCUGCUGUGCUGAAGAACAAGGGCCAGAUCUUUGCUUUUGACCUGGAUUCGGCGCGCCUGGCCACCAUGAGCAGCAUGCUGGUCCGGGCAGGAGUCACCUGCUGCCAACUAGCCCACCAAGACUUCUUGGCCACAGAUCCCGCUGACCCAAAGUACAGCAAGGUGCAGUACAUUCUCCUGGACCCCUCAUGCAGCGGAUCCGGAAUUGUUGGCCGGCCGCUGGAUGGGGAGGAUACGGCCCCGCCGGAGCGGCUGCAGGCACUGGCUAGGUUCCAGCGGAAGAUGUUGGUGCAUGCACUGAGCUUCCCUGCUCUCCAGCGGCUGGUGUAUUCCACCUGCUCAGUGCAUCGGGAGGAGAAUGAGGAUGUGGUGCAGGAGGUGCUGGAACAGCAGGGAAAGGACUUCAGGCUGGUGGAAGCAGCCCCUUCUUGGCCCAGUCGGGGCUUUGCAAAGGCUAAAUGCUGCCUCCGAGCAUCUCCUGAGGAAACACUUACAACUGGGUUUUUUGUGGCAGUCCUGGAACGGCGACACACGGGAGCCCGUGGGACAAGUGAAAGAGAAGCAGGUGCCUCUCCUGCUCCCGCGAAGACACAGUCAGAAAGGGCUUUGGUGCAGAAGUGAAAGACAUGGUGGAUCUCAUUCCUGGAGAUUGGAAGAGUACUCAAGAACUGGAGAGAUGGAUAUGAAAAUGUGCACACAUCGAAGGCAUUCCCCCAGACUUCACCUGCUGGGAAAUGCCCAGUUGCCCUUUGGAAAUUCACACUGGGCAGAGCGCUCCACACACUCCAGGGCUUCUCCACAAUGCUGCUCUUGCGUGAACGAAUAAAUUUAUCCCUCCUUCA